AUGGGAGGCGAAUCGUCCCACAAGAUGGCCUCGUCUGCUCCAUCCUACCCGCAGCUGGCCGAACGCCCCAAGGGCAAGCUGAUUCACUCCAUUUACCAGGAUCGUCUGAAGCAGUUCACCGACGGCGGACAGUACCGACAACAAGGCUUGCUGGCCAAGCUCUACGACGGCCGUGUCUCUGGAGACAAGCAUGUCAAGCUGUCAGUAUGGGAUGCACCGGAUCUCUCGCGCCCCACCUUCGACGAGGCAACCAGCAAAGAGAAUGAAUACAAGAAGACCGAAAAGGGUCAGUGGUUUGGACCGAGUUGGAGCACACACUGGUUCAAAGUGCACUUUACAGUGCCUAAAGACUGGGACUACAAGUCGUUGAUAGAGCUGCAUUGGGACGCCAGCUGCGAAGGCAUGGUCUGGACCCACGAUGGCAAGCCUCUGCAAGGUCUGACAGGCAAUGGCGAAAGAAUCGAAUGGAUCGUUCCCAAAGAGUACAGAGACGGCAAAGAGCACACCAUUUAUAUCGAGACUGCCUGCAAUGGCAUGUUCGGCAAUGCUCCCGGCGGUGAUUCCAUCCAGCCGCCUGAUCCCAACAAGUACUUCCAACUGAAAGAGGCCGACCUCGUCAGUGUGAACGAACAAGCUCGAGCUUUGUUCUACGACUUCUGGAUCAUUGGCGAUGCCGCACGAGAAUUCCCAACCGACAGCUGGGAAGAGCAUGCCGCUUUGCAAGUCUGCAACGAGAUCAUGGACUGUUUCAUCGAAGGCAAAGGCUCCAAUGCAUGCAUCUUGAAGUGUCGAGAGAUUGCAAAGAGAUAUGUCGGCGAGAAGGUCGAUUCAGCACAUGUAUACGACCUCGAGCCUGAGAAAGAGGUGCUGAUCAGUGGGAUUGGUCACUGUCACAUCGAUACUUGCUGGUUGUGGCCUUGGGCUGAGACGAAACGCAAGAUUGCUCGCAGUUGGUCCAAUCAAUGCGACCUGCUGGAUCGAUACCCAGAACACCGCUUCUGUGCAUCACAAGCUCAGCAGUACAAGUGGUUGGAGAAGUACUACCCAUACGCCUUCGAUCGGGUCAAGGAUCAUGUCAAGAAGGGCACCUUCCAGCCCAUCGGUGGCAGCUGGGUUGAACAUGACACCAACCUGCCGUCAGGAGAAUCUCUUGUUCGUCAAUUUGUCUACGGCCAGCGAUACUUUGAAUCUCGAUUUGGCGAGAGAUGCCGAACAUUCUGGCUGCCUGACACGUUCGGCUACUCCUCCCAAAUCCCACAACUCUGCCGACUGGCUGGUAUGGAUCGCUUCUUCACGCAGAAGCUCAGCUGGAACAACAUCAACAACUUCCCACACACCACCUUCAACUGGGUCAGUCUGGACGGCAGCCAAGUCAUCUGCCACAUGGCGCCGUCUGAGACCUACACUGCUGAGGCACACUUUGGUGAUGUCAAGCGGUCUGUGACCCAACACAAGAGCAUGGACCAAGAUCCGACAUCUUUGCUUGUUUUUGGAAAGGGUGAUGGUGGAGGUGGUCCAACCUUUGAACAUAUUGAGAAGCUUCGUCGCUGCCGUGGUAUCAGCGACAAAGUUGGCCUCCUGCCUCGAGUCCACAUGGGCUAUAGUGUUGAAGACUUCUUCGACCGACUCGAAAACAACGCUGCCACCGGCAAGACCGAGUUUGUGACGUGGUAUGGUGAGCUGUACUUUGAGCUCCACCGCGGCACAUACACCACUCAAGCCAACAACAAGCGCAACAACCGCUUGUCUGAGAUUCUCCUUCACGAUAUUGAAUAUCUUGGCACGCUGGCCACUAUCAAGGGUGACAAGGCAUACAAAUAUCCAAAGAAGGAGAUUGACGAGAUGUGGGAGAAUGUGCUGCUGUGUCAGUUCCACGACUGUCUUCCAGGUUCUGCCAUCGAGAUGUGUUACGAUGAUUCAGCUGAACUAUAUGCCAAAGUCUUCAAGACCGGCAAGAAGGCGUUGAAGGAUGCUCUGACAGCGCUCGGUUUUGAAGAUAAGAAAGACGCCAAACCCGUCGCCUUGAACACUCUCGGCUGGCAACGACAUGAGCUCGCCAUGCACCAGACAUCCUCCGGCCUCACCCACAGCGCCGAGAUCAUCGGCCAGCCAGCCGGUGUCAAUACCAAGACUGGCGACUUCCUCGAAGUGGCCUCCGUCAACGAAAUGGAAGACGGCAGCUUCCUCCUCGAAAACUCCAAACUCCAAGUCAAGGUCUCCGACGGCGUCAUCACCUCCCUCUACGACAAGUCCGCCAAACGGGAAUCCAUCCCCAAAGGCAGCAAAGCCAACCAACUCGUCAUCUUCGACGACAAGCCCCUCUACUGGCAAGCCUGGGACGUCGAAGUCUUCCACCUGCACUCCCGCAAAGAACUCCCCGCCACACCCAACACCACCUCCAUCACGGAAAACUCCCCCUUCCGCGUCGCCGUCACCACCACGACCAAAAUCUCCGACGAAUCCUGGAUCAAAACCACCAUCUUCCUCUCCGCCGUCACCUCCUCCGCCCCGACCUCCUACGUCGAAGUAUCCGCCGAAGUCGAAUGGCGCGAAACGAUGAAAUUCCUCAAAGUCGAAUUCCCCACCACCAUCAAAAACACCGAAGCCUCCUACGAAACGCAAUUCGGCCUCGUCAAGCGCCCCACGCACUACAACACCACCUGGGACAUGGCGAAGUUCGAAGUCUGCUGCCACAAAUGGGCGGAUUUGUCGGAACACGGUUACGGCGUGAGCAUCCUCAACGACAGCAAGUACGGCAUCGCGACGGUCGGAAACCUCAUGCGUCUCUCCCUCCUCCGCGCCCCGAAAGCCCCCGACGCCCACGCGGACAUGGGGCGCCACCACAUCAAAUGGGCGAUUCUCCCCCGCGCAGGCGGCCUCGACCACCGCACCGUCCGCGCCGCGUUCGAGUUCAACAACCCCCUCUCCAUCCACCGCCACCCGAACCCGGAGGCGAUCUCGGACCUCCUCUCGGCCUUCAAACUCACGCCUUCCUCCUCCCCCUCCCUCGUCAUCGACACGAUCAAGCGGGGCGAAGACGACGCCGACGCUUCGAACCAUGAACUCCCCUCGAAAACCUCCAAAGACCGCCACGUCAUCCUCAGGAUCUACGACAGUUUGGGUGGGACGAGUCGCGGUGUCGUGGAGUUUGGGAGUGUCAAAGUGAAGAAGGCGUGGAAGGUGAAUUUGUUGGAGGAUGUGAUUGAGGAAGUGGAGGUGGGGAAGGAAGGGUUGGAGGUCGAGUUGAGGGCUUUUGAGGUGGGGACUUGGAAGGUGCUUUUGGGGUAG